AGUGAUACCGUACCUGAACGGUAUAAAUAAAUAUUUUCGAAACCUCUCCUCGUCCAAUUUAAACGUAAAUUAUAGUUGGACAAUUGAUGAGUUGCUUCAAAUAUCAAAAAUAUCAGGAAGCUAGGCCCAGUCAGCGAUAGAGGGAUGCAUUGGUCAGACGCAAGGGAUCUUGUUAGAAAAUGGAGAGAAGACAACGAAAGGAAAAGUGAAGAGCUGAUAGAAAUCUGGGAAGAUAUCCUUAGAGAAAAUGUGCACAAACUGGGUGACGAACAAUACCUGAUACUGGAACAAGUAUGUGUUGGGGCAUUGGAUUGUAACCGGAUGGACAUCGCUGGCGACUGUCUACAAGACCUUUCAAAGCAUUUCCCCGGCAGUCUGCGUGUCCACCUUUUGCAGGCUUUGCACCUGGAGGCUGUUGAAAGGUAUGAUGAAGCGUUGACCUUACUCGACUCGAUAAUCAGAAGGGACGAGACAAACCCAGCACCAAGGAAAAGGAAAGUAGCCAUCAUGAGGGCGAGAUGCAAUUACCAAGAAGCUAUAAAGGAACUCACGGAGUAUUUGAAAAAAUUUAUGGUAGACCAAGAAGCAUGGCAAGAAUUAUGUGAUUUAUACCUUAUAGAACAAGAUUAUGCCAAAGCAGCUUUUUGUAUGGAAGAAUUGAUUCUUCAUAAUCCACAUAACCAUCUGUUUCAUCAAAGGCUAGCUGAGAUCAAAUUUACGCAGGGAGGUCUGGAGAAUUUUGAAAUUGCAAAAUCGUAUUAUGCACAAGCUUUGAAACUAAAUCCAGACAAUAUGAGAGCCCUCUAUGGUCUAUACAUUACGAUGUGUAACAUUUACUGCUCACCCAAGUGCCCAUCGUCUAAGAAGAAAGAUGCUGGUAAUUUAAUGGAAUGGGCUUUGAAUGAAGUUCGUGAUAGGUACAAGCAAGCAAAAAUGGAAAAGAAAUUGGCCUCGAUAGAAGCAAUGAUGAGUGGGCUGCAGAUCAACACCCCUUCGUGAAAUUUACACUCUUCACACUGUUGUUUUAUACUUUUCAAUUCACACACUUCAUUGUUAAUCAUAUUGUUUAGCUGAAAUUUUUUCCUUGUUAUUUAUUGUCAACUUUAGUAGAAAUAGAUGUAAUUAAAAUUAAAUCAUUAUAUGAAUUGUUUUAUAAGUAAAGUGAUUUAUAAUUAUACAAUUAUUGGUGUAAAAUCAAGGGCUUUAUGUGAGUUAGAUUGUUUUUGUUCAUUAAAUGGGGUUGUAUUAAAACCAAAAAAAAUGUGGUGGAAAAAUAUUUUAUGUCUAUUAAAACAAGAUAAUUACUUUAGUUAA